AUGACGAUGAAGGAUUGGCUUCGCAGAGAGAUCGAGGCAGCGGAUAAUUCUCCGCAUGCGUGGCUCCACUUGGUAUAUGAGAUGGAGUGCAUUUACAACGCCACGCGCAACUCAGUCACGGGGUUCUCGCCAUAUUUCUACAUGAUAGGCAGGGACUUCAACGGUCAGAAGCGCUUAGAGCUGCAGGACAGAUUACUGUCCUUGCUGGAGUCUGAGAAGGGUACGGAAGCCAUGGUCCGUGACGCUGUAGCGGCUGUUCAUGAUCGACGAGCUCAGCUGGAACAACAGAGCCGCGCCAAUAUCAGACGCGAGGACGUACCAUUGUUGCCGGUCGGUUCUCAGCAAGCGAUUGGUUAUUGCCUGAGGCGUGCAAAGAAGGCACGCAUAUGGUCCACCGCUAUGAGCUCGGUCUGGGGUCGGCGGCAAAUGUGGUGUGAUGAAGCGGAUUUGGAGUGUUACGUACCGCUGGUACCUGGAUCUGGCACUAAAUAUGUGCUUCCUACGCAGUAUAAUGGACUCUUGAAGCGCAUGUUCCCGGAUAAGGAUAAGCAGACACAUUUCAAACAGCAGGUUGAGAAGUGUUUUGCUUUCGUACAGUCGGCGAAGUACCGUGGUGGACGCAUUCGAGUGUGGGGUGAGCUACAGUUGUCCGAGAAUGGAGUUGAGCUGCCGGCACGACGUUAG